AUGGCAACCCCAAAGACUUCUGAUCUGCAGGCGCUCGCGUACCACCUCUUCACGCGCUGCAAGGACGAGCGGGCGGCGUUUGACGAAUGCAUGGACAGCGAGAGCAAGAGCAGCAAAUGCGCGGAGCAGUACAAAGCCCUGAACAGCUGCGCCAACGCCCUGCUGGCCGAAGCCAAGGCCCAGGCGGCCCACGAGUUCAAAGAGUAUGCCCACUGCCUCGACCUCACUGGGUGA